UAAAUUAAUUGGAUUACGUUGAAAGUUAUAGCAUUUACAAAUGAUGAUAUAUAUACUGGAAUUUUUUUUUUUACUAGUAAUAGUGGCGAUGAGCAACUUAUUGCGGGACUGCUGGACUGUGGUGGGCAUUCUGACACUGGAAGGAACUGACUUGGUGUCACUGACAUCCCCAAUGACACCAAUACAGUGAUCAGUGUUAAUAAAAAGCACUGACACUACACUAAUGGCACUGGGGAGGAAGGGGUUAACAUGUGGGGCGAUCAAAGGGAUAACUGUGUGCUGGGAUGUGUGUGUGCUUUACACUAUAAGCACACUGCUUUGCAUGGCUGUGCUAUGCAGAGCCAUACAAAGCAGUGUGCAGGAUCUGACA